GGGCUCUGCGCCUCUGCUCAGCGCAGCUCCCGCCAGAGCCUGGGAGGCCGCGGAGGUGCGGCUGCUGCCGGCUCUCAGGAGGACCUGGACUCUCUUCCUUGGCUCUGGGCCCCCGGAGCCAUGCCAGCCAACCUCACAGAGGGCAGCCCCAACUCCAGAGGGACCCCGCAGACCCCGGAUUCUCACACGGUCGUCUGCUUCCCCACAACUCCCACAGAAGUGAUGGAAGAAGAGGAGUGGGGCUCCUUCUACUCCUCCUUCAAGACUGAGCAGCUGAUAACGCUGUGGGUCCUCUUCGUUUUCACCAUCGUGGGGAACUCCGCGGUGCUGUUCUCCACGUGGAGGCGGAAGAGGAAGUCAAGAAUGACCUUCUUUGUGACCCAACUGGCCAUCACAGACUCUUUCACAGGACUGGUGAACAUCUUGACAGACAUUAUCUGGCGCUUCACUGGGGACUUCAUGGCGCCGGAUCUGGUGUGCCGUGUGGUCCGCUACCUGCAGGUUGUGCUGCUCUACGCCUCCAGCUAUGUCCUGGUGUCCCUCAGCAUAGACAGAUAUCAUGCCAUCGUCUACCCCAUGAAGUUCCUGCAAGGAGAAAAGCAAGCCAAGGUGCUCAUCGCCACUGCCUGGGGCCUCUCCUUCCUGUUCGCCAUCCCCACCCUCAUCAUAUUCGGGAAAAGGAAGCUCUCCAACGGCGAGGUGCAGUGCUGGGCCCUGUGGCCCGAUGACUCCUACUGGACCCCGUACAUGACCAUCGUGGCCUUCCUGGUGUACUUCAUCCCUCUGGCCAUCAUCAGCGUCAUCUACACCGUUGUGAUCCGAACCAUUUGGAUUAAAAGCAAAGCCCAGGAGAUGGUGAUUUCCAACUGCUCAGAUGGAAAGCUGUGCACCAGGUACAACCGAGGGCUCUUCUCAAAGGCAAAAAUCAAGGCCAUCAAGUACAGCAUGGUCAUCAUUCUUGCCUUCAUCUGCUGCUGGAGCCCAUACUUCCUCUUCGACAUGCUGGACAACUUCAGCCUCCUUCCUGACACCGAGCAGCGCUUCUACGCGUCUGUGAUCAUCCAGAACCUGCCUGCCUUGAACAGCGCCAUCAACCCCCUGGUCUACUUCACCUUCAGCAGCUCCAUCUGCUUCCCCCUCCGGGAGCAGAGAUCACGGGAUUCCAGAACCACCUGUCGGGAGAGGGUUGAGAGGCACGAAAUGCAGGCUGUGUCCAAGCCAGAAUUCAUCUAGACCCCGGGGCGGCGGUAGGGCGGGGCCCCACCAGCUCUCCUGGGUCCC